AUGGCGGGCGUGGGCCCAUCACCUUCCGGCCGUGCCGCGGACUGCCGAGGCGACGGCGUCAGCGGCGGCCCGGGCCCCGUGAGCGACACGCCCGCGGCGCCCGCGCUUGCGCCGGCGCCGGCGACAGCGGACUGCGGGCCAGCGGCGCGGAACGACCAGUUGGCGCAGCGGGACCGGUCCCUGCUGGGGCGGCUCCGGCGGCUCAAGGGGGCGUGGCAUGGCAAUCGGCGCACAGGCGAGGAUGUCUCCCAGGUGACCCCUGGGCUGCCAGCCAAUGCUUCUCGGGGGCCGAAGCGCAUCCGCUGCCCCUCCAAUGUGCGCAAAGACGCCUGA